AUAAUUACAAAAGUAUAAAUUUACAUCACUUAAACAUAAUGGGACUUUACCGCUUUUUUAACAAAUGGACAGAUAAAUCAGACUUUCUGAACCCUUUUUUUUUGCCCUAUUCUAAAAACUAAAUUAUAUCAGGGGUACCUUUAUUGAACUGCCAUGUCCGAAUGCUGAUUCUAAAAAAGGACCCGUAUAUUUGCAAUCUGGUGCCGAAACAAGUAAAAUUAGUCUAAUUAAUUAAAAAAUAUAACAGUUUAAAAUAAAUAACACAAAACUAAAUAAAAGUUUGUGAUUUGCUUCCGGGUUGAAUAGUCUGUCUUUUCCACUGUUACGGCUUAUAAAAAGUGACCUACUUUCACUUCCGAAAAAAGGGCAAAAUCUAGCACAUACACACAUAUGGUACCUUAAUCAAUGCAUAUAAGGUCAUGAGCGAUAACGAGUCAACAUCUUAUCAGCUAUCCCGAGUGAAUGCACUGCUUCCGCGUCAUCUUCUCGAUCGAUGUUAUAUUCUUAAUGACUAAUGUUUUGUAAGAGACUCGAAAGUUAUUAAGACAAAUCAAAACAGGGGAGAUAAAUGGGAGAUUCAAGGAAAGGAUGUUAUGUUUCAGUUCUGACAGGAGUAUGCAUCGCCUUCAUAGCUGUUGGUGUAGGAUUGAUCGUGCAGUACGUGAACUACAGGACGUCUGAAUGUGUUUGUCCUGAAACAUCAAAGUCGUCAAAGCAGAGCGAUGGUAUUGGAAUGCUUCGACCAAAUGCAAAAGUUUCGCAUGAUUACAAAUUGUUUUACUUCGACUGUAGAGGGCGUGGUGAAAUUGCCCGGAUGAUAUUUGCAUACGCUGGACAUCCUUUUGUUGAUAAGCGCAUCGACUAUGAUGAAGAAUGGCCUUCAAUUAAAUACGAUUUUCCCCAGUAUGUUCUUCCAGUGCUUGAGAUUGACGGGUCCAAAAAUAUAACACAGAGUAUGGCCAUAGCCCGCCAUCUUUCCAGAGAGUUUGAUAUAUAUGAAAAAACUCCAACAGAACAAACAGUUAUUGAUGAGAUUACAGAAACGGUUGCUGAUAUUUAUAACUUUGCUCUCGAAUUUCAAGUAGCUCCAACAUCCCAAGAAAGGGCACAGAAGAAGGCCGAGUUUUAUAAAGUGGAUUGUCCAAAGUUUUUAAUGUUUCUUGAGAACCUUGUAGCUGAAACGGGGCAAAAUGGUUUUGCUGUUGGUGAUAGCUUCACAGUUGCUGACUUGAUGCUGUUCGUCUACAUUGAACAUACGGAAGCACAUUCUACACCACCCGAUGCGCCAAUGCUGAAAAACUAUUCGCUUCUCGACCGGAACCGGAAAUUGGUUUCGUCAAUUUCAAGGAUACCGGAAUACCUUCAGAAAAGACCGGAACAAGAUCUGUAGUGAUUCAAGUUUAAAAAAGUGUUUGUAUAAAAUAAAGAAACAAGGAGCCCAGUCUUAUCGUAUUCUAAUGAAACAGAGGGACCAGUCUUGACCGUAUGACAGUAAAGUUGGUAGGUAGUUGGUAGUUGGGGAUUCGAAUAUUCAACUACUUGCUAGUUGCCAGUUGGGAAUUCGAAAAAUCAGAGUUAGAUGUUGAUGUUGAUAUUAAGCAACUCUACUAUUUCCAGUCGAUUAUUCGCGAAUAUUCAACUACCAACCAGUUGAAAGUUGGGGAUUAAGAUGUUUGUCUUUUUUUAUGGUUAAAAGGUACACAUGUUAAGAAAUCAAACAGUUGUUGGUGUUUUAUUCAUGUAUACAUAUGUAUCGUCGUGUCGUACCAAACACAGUUUUAAAUCACUUUUAUUCGUAUACUCGCCAGUUUAAUAUUCGACAAUUUUCGCGAAUAUUUAACUACUUACCAGUCAGUAGUUGGGGAUUCUGAUUAUGUCUAUAUCUAUGGUUUUAAAGGUCACAUGUGGAAAAAAUAAAACGCCAAAUGUUUGUUUAGGCAUGAACACAUAUAUAUCUACGUCACAAACACUGGUUUUAUUCGCAAGUCGGAUAAUCGACCAUUUCAAGUCGAUUAGUCGCGAAUAUUCAACUACUAACCAGUCAGGAGUUAGGG